AGCUGCGCAUUUUAGCAAUACUCCAGAUGCUAACUCAACUGCAGAGGAAUCCCACACGGCCGUUGGCGGCGAGGAUAUGCAACUCGUCAAAGAAGCCGUUCGUUCUUUGCCUUCUCCCGCUGUAAAGGACUUGAUGUCCAUUGGGGUUCGUGCACUUCUCUAACAAUCUCAACAUUGUAUUGUAAUGCUUAAUUAGGGUUUUUCUUUCUGUUCUACUAUCGAACAGCUUCUAAGUAUUCAGUUUCGUAAACUCUGUUUCAGCUUUCUUUUCGAAUUAUUGUCGUGGUUUGAUGUAGAAGCUGACUUCGAAACUAACUACAUGGACUUGCUUACUGGUUUGUUUGAUUGCGAGAAAACAUAAGCAAAGACGAUUUGAAUGAUUGCUUGGCAUUAAUCGAAGUAGUGGACAAUUAAGGGUGAUUGUAAGACUUUCGAGUAUUCUGUUCCUUUGUUUUUCCUUGCGAGUGCUUGGUACUGAAACUGAUGACUAUGGUUUUUAAAGCGUCCAUUUGGUGAUGCCAUUUGGUAUGCAUGAGAUGCAUCUUUCGGCUACUUGGGGUCCAUGGACAUGUUUAUUCUUGGUCCUUUCCCUCAUCAACGGAAAUGCGUGCUAUGCUUGGAGAGCCAACAUGUCCAGAAGAGCAUAUAGUGGUCUCCAGUUUGAAAGGUGGUGAAGAUAAGAAAAAUUCUUCUUCAUAUGAGGAUUUAGAAGUUGAGCCAGAAACAUGCAGCAUUUGUUUGGGUAUCUUGCAGUUCAUUUACUAUGAUGCUAAAGGAUUGAUGGUGAAAAAAGGGACUGCUAUUAGCUUGGCUCUAUCAAUUUCUGAACAGAUAAAGAAAGAGGGUCAUCAGCUUGAUAGCUUUUCUCUUGAAGUCUCUAUACCAACAGUUAUCCAGGAAAAUGAACAUAUUGUUCAUUUGUAUAUGAAAAGGAAGUACAGAUCAGAGCUAUGGUUUGAAGAAAGAUUUUCUAAAUGCAUUUCUACAAAGGAAGUCUUGAAGUUUGCAAUGACAAAUUCCCUUGAAAAAUUGUUGGAUGUAAAAUCUGGUCCAAGCUCUUGUCGUAUCCGUUUGACAUAUGCCCAAACGAAGCCAUCAAGCACGGUUCCAAGUUCAGUGGAGAGAGGUGAAGGUUGCAAGAGAAGAAAAACAGGUGCUAGUCCUGUUUUUGAUUCUGUUAACGAUAAAUUAGUGGAUGCUAGCAAUGAUUGUUUUCAUCUCUCUACCACCAAAGGAAAUGCUUUAGGUGAGAGUUCUUCUAAUGGUUUGGAGGACCAUGAAUCUUCUGAGUGCAUCAUCUUCCCUGAGGAUAAGGUCAAUGAUCCCUGCCACUUGGUAUUUCUUUGCUACAGGACACCUAUCUACCUUGGUGGAAGAUACCUGAAGUUCUCAAGGAAUGUGAGUCAAACUCGUUGGAUGAUUGAUGAUGAAAGAAUGGGAGAAGCAUCUGUUGAGGAGAUAAUAGGAGGGUACAUCCUUCCAGUGUGUCAUGGUGACAGUUACAAGUUUCAUGCUGCUGGUAGAGAAGAUAUCGAUGUUCGAAUGCUGGGUUCAGGUAGGCCUUUCCUGGUUGAGAUACAAAAUGCUCGUCAUGUCCCAUCUGAGGCUCUUGUGAAAGAAAUAGAGAUAAAUAUAAAUAACUUAAAUACUCAAUUGGUUUUGGUUAAAAAUCUUAAAAUGGUAGCCAAUGAGGGCUGGACUCUGAUACAUGAAGGAGAAGCAGAAAAGCAGAAGCAGUAUUGUGCACUAGUGUGGAUUUCACGCCCACUUGAAAAUCAAGACUUGCAGUCAAUUGCUUCCCUCAAGGACUUGCAAAUUUUGCAGAAAACCCCAGUAAGGGUGCUUCACCGUCGGAGUCCAUUAGAACGUGAAAAGAUUAUACAUUGGAUGAAAAUAGAAACAAUUGCUGAGAGCUCUCAAUAUUUCCUUUUGCAUCUAUGUACUCAGUGCUCCUGCUCCAUCUCUCAUCUCUGUGCUCAUCUCUGUGCUCUGCUCCAUCUCUCAUCUCUAUGCUCUGCUUCAUCUCUCAUCUCUCCGCGAGAUUCUCGCGCCUGUGCCUCCACUCUCCUCUCGACUGGACUGAUUCACCAUCGGUGUCGGCCGUUGCUCUCUAUUGGCUCUCCACGUGUCGUCGGGCAGUCGACAAUCUCUCAUCUCUAUGCUCUGCUCCAUCUCUCAUCUCGCCGCGAGAUUCUCGCACCUGUGCCUCCACUCUCCUCUCGACUGAACUGAUUCACCAUUGGCGUCGGUCGUUGCUCUCUAUCGGCUCUCCACGUGUCGUCGGGCAGUCGGCAAUUUGGUCGUGCUUAUUCCACAGCCCUUAGUCCUCUCCGAGUCUCUGUGUCGCGCUUCCAGCCAUUCACAGUUGAACUUGAGUAAACUGUAAAAGGUAAGUAAAUAUUUGUAAUUUGCUGUUGAUUGUUGAAUUUGUGUACGCUUGAUUGUUGAAUUUGUGUGCUGUUGAUUGUUGAAGUUGUGUGCUUUUGAUUGUAUCGGUUUAACCGAUCGAACCGACCGAACCGAACCGAACCAAAUCGGUUUUAUUCGGUUAUCUCUCUUAUUCGGUUCGGUUUGGUUUAUGUAAAAUACUGCAAUUCGGUUUUCGGUUAUUUCGGUUCGUUUCGGUUUUGAACCGAACCGACCGAAUGCUCACCCCUAGGUGGAGGUGGUUCCAAAACUAUAUGAGUAAAGGGGUAAAAUUUAAUCAUAUUAAUAUGAUAUCUUUUCUUAGGAUAACAUAUGUCCGACUAAAUCAGAUUUAAAAAUAUUAGAUUUCCAAGCAAUGUUAAUAUCCUUCCUUAAAGUCUGGAUGCAUGGAAUGAAAUGGAAUCUAUGGACUGAGGUACAAUGACAGUGGAUGUGCAACUUUGCGAUUUGAAAUUUGCUAUAAUUUGCGGUCACACAGGUGAAAUGUCAAUAUUUGCUGUAUAAUAGAAUGAUGACCUGUGAACUGUUUUAUUGUCCAUUUAUUUUGUUUCCGACAAAGUGCAAGGCGAUAAUGAUAAUAGUUGAA